AUGGACCCGGUGCAGAAAGCUGUGAUUAACCACACCUUCGGUGUUGCCAUGGUACACAAGAAAAAACAGGUCAUUUCCUGUAACAUCUGCCAGCUACGAUUCAACUCUGAUUCCCAGGCAGAGGCCCAUUAUAUGGGCAGUCGUCAUGCUAAGAAAUUGAAGGCCCUGGAGAACAAAGCCAAGAUGAAUCCUCCAAUCACCGGAGAGACCAACAGCAGCAGCUCCAGUCCUGCUGUCCCCACCCCUCCUUACGCAUCAGCAACCACCAAUCAGCACACAGGCUCCAGCAGAGCGGGCAGUGAGCCUCCUCCCUCCAGCCCCCCAUCUGCCUCUCCUGUUCCUGGUCUCACCUCCUCCUCUUCCCUGAGCUCCCAGCCUCUCCCCCCUCCUCUGGCCCAGUCUGCACCUCCCUCUGAGUCCGAGGAGGAGAAAGCCAAGAAGCUGCUGUAUUGCUCUCUAUGCAAGGUGGCUGUCAACUCACUGUCCCAGUUGGACGCACACAACACAGGAUCUAAACACAGGACCAUGCUGGAGGCUCGGAGCGGCUCGGGUCCCAUUAAAGCCUUUCCACGAUUGGGCGCCAAGCUUAAAGGCCCGACCGGCGGGGGGCUGCUGAGAGGUUCUGGUCUGCAGAACAAAACCUUCCACUGUCAGAUCUGUGACGUCCACGUGAACUCUGAGAUCCAACUCAAACAGCACAUUUCCAGUAGGAGGCAUAAGGACAGUGCGGGAAAACCCACUAAACCCAAAUACAGCCCCUAUAACAAACACCAGCAGACCAGCACCACAGUCACUGCUAAACUUGUUCUUCAGAAGGAGGUGGUCAGGUCUCCUGUCUCUCCUGCCUUCCUCUCUCCUGCAUUCUGCCCCCCCUCCUCUCUCUCCCCCUCUCUUUCUCUUUCUCCCUGCUCCCCCUCUUCCCCUCUCUCUCUCCAUGCCCGUCCGACUCCCUCUCUCUUUCCUCCUUCCUUCCUGCGUGCAGCUCCUGGGCCAAUCAGGUCAUCCCAGGGUUCAGUCCUCUUCAGUCCUUACUGA